AUGCCAGCGAUGCGAACUGCUAACCGAAGUUCCGGCAGCACAAUGGUUGCCGUUCAACACAGGUCACCUAUUAACCCUCCAACGCUUAUUGAACACAAGAAUCUUCGUUUUUUGAUCGCAGACGCUCCAUCGAACAACAAUUUGGCUCUUUAUAUACAGGAAUUUGAACGGUUCAAUGUGAUUGACGUUGUUCGCGUAUGCGAUCCUACUUACCACGUUGAGCCGCUUGAGGAACGUGGAAUGAAAGUUCAUGAUUGGGUGUUCGGUGAUGGUGAAUCUCCACCAAGCCAAAUCGUCAACGACUGGCUUGAUCUUGUUCAAAGGCGAUUUGGAGAAUGCGUCGAUGAAGAUCAAAGACCUACUAUUGCGUGUCAUUGUGUAGCUGGGCUUGGACGAGCACCAGUUCUGGUCGCGAUCGCAUUAAUAGAAUCUGGCAUGAGCGCGCUAGAUGCUAUUUUGUAUAUUCGCGAAAGACGACGAGGCGCAAUCAACAACAAGCAACUCAAAUAUAUUGAAAAUUACAAGCGACGUUCCAAAUCUCCGAAAUGCGUGAUUUCAUAG